AUGAAAGAGUCCAUCGCAUUUCGGUUGGGCUGUCACAUUGCGCCUUGGUCGAUUAAAUUGAAUGGUAUCGGCUUUGGUCGCUUGAAUACUUACGGUAAAAUUACGGUACCAGUUCGUUUUGAUGAUGUAUGUAUUGAAUUAGAAUUACAUGUGGUCACUGAUGAUAACUUUGCCUAUGAUUGUUUAAUUGGACAAGAUGCUGUCAACUAUGCUGAUAUUGCCAUUGUGACUGACAUAUCUGGCACAAAAAUUAUACGAAAGAAUGUAGUAAAUUACGCUGAUUAUAAUGAAGAAAAUUUACUUUUAGAACGCAUUUAA